GCAAACCCGGUAAUGUCAGAGAGAGUGGUUGUUUGUCGGAGGUGGUUUACCAAAGGUAGACCACAGUACAGCUAAAGAACAAUAAUCGGUACAGAAAACACGGUUAAUAAAGUAAAGGCGUCAAAAGGAGGACGGUGAUAUCAAAAUGGCAGCCACAAUCGUCUACGAUUCUUCAGAGGCAGUGGAGCUCUGCUUGGACCGGUGCCUGUAUCUGAAGCCCAUUGCCAAGCUGGCGAUCACAGUGAUGCUUCCAGAAUCAAGGGAGGCCAGCAAGACCGUCUCUAACUGGGAGGUGAUAGCCAGGCUCAAGCAGAUGGCUCAACCCCACCAAUUCAACUCCAUCCGGCUGUCCAGGAGCACCAUGGAGUUUCUCCGCUUUGAGGGAGAGUUGGAAACCAAGAGUCUGGUCCACACGCUGCAGGCCAAGCUACACCAGAAGACAGUAGCAAUCCAGGGCUUCUCUGAUGGCUUGAGGGUCCUGGCUGUGGAAUCCCAAGUGGAUUUUCCCACUCAAGAAGAAUGGGAGUCUUUCUUUGGAGAAGAGAAGCCAGACACCAUUCACUUGGAGGGGCUCCCCUGCAAGUGGUUUACUUCUAAAGAGGCCAGAAGCGAGCGACCCAGUGAAGAAACCGUCAGGGAGGUUUUUGGACGAUUUGGGCCUAUCCGCAACAUGGACAUCCCCAUGCUUGAUAUGUACAGGCAGGAGAUGAGUGGCAGGAACUUCAGCUCUUUCGGUUUUGGAGGGCUGCACACCUUUGACAUGUUUAUCCAGUUUCAAGAACAUGAGGAUUUUGUCAAAGCCAUGGAGGCGUUGAGAGGAAUGAAGCUGAUGUUUAAAGGGGAAGAUGGAAAGGCACUGGCAUGCAGCAUGAAGGUGACCUUUGACACGACAAGCCACCUGAGUGAGGCGGCGCUGGAGAGGCGCGGGUACGAGAGACAGCAGCUCAGGAAGCUGGAGAAACAGAGGCAGCAGGAGAAGCUCAGAGAGAAGGAGCAAGAGGAGGCAGAGAGAAGGAGGAAGGAAGCCCAGCGUGAAAAGAGAAGGCAGGAGAAGCUGAGAAAGCGAGCGCAGAGACGGAGAGACCCGGAGGAGAGAGGUCUCCCGAGGAGUGGCAUGCCUUUCAAAGCUGAAGAAGACCAGGAGGAGGAAGAGAGGAUGGAGGUAGAUAUUUGGGAGGAGAGGAAGCUGGUGUUGGCACUGAGGCGGCUACAGUCCAUCAGGCUUCUUGCUGCGCUGCUUGAAAAAGCUCAACAUCUUGAAAAACUGAAGAUCAAAAGCAAUGUAACCAAACCAGAAAAGGAUCUACCACAGAGUUUCCCAGAAGAACACUUAGAAGAACAAACCACCAGUGAGAACUGGGCACAUGGGAAAGCAAACAAACUCCAUGUGGGUCAACCAGCCACAGUGGUGUCUGGUCACCUUUCAGAGGUCCUAGACGGGGACCAUUCCACUGCUUUUGAUAAACACACUGGUGAAGGUUUUGAUUAUGGACCCAUAAAAAUAACCAUUAACCAGAACCAACAAGCCAGGGAUCCUACCCCAACCUCCAAGCCACAUUCCUAUUCCAGUGAUGGGAUGGGUGGCCGUUUGUUUGACCUGGACUACUCUUGCAUGGGAAAGCCAUCCAAACGGCGCAGAAAAGAAAAGAUUUAUGAAUCGGAAGAGUUUUUGAAUUAUUUAUUAAACCAUUAUUCCUACCCAAGCUAUGCCCGAUUUUACCCCAGCCCUCACCCUGGUUCGGAUCAGGCCUCAGGGUGGGACAGAAUGGUAUCUAAUAAUGGAAACAGCUUCCAAAUAAGCCUGAGGAACACAGACGGCAAAUAUUGUACUGAAGUCUGUAUCAGUCAAAAUGAAGGGCAGGCAGGGAGCAACACGGAGGAUCGUUACAAAUGGAAAAUCACCAUCAAAGCGACUGAGCCACUGCAGAGGGGCUUGGGAACUAAAGACAGCAGGUUAAAGGGUUGCAGCAGGGAAUUUCAGGUACAGUGGAACGAGUCCAGCCUGCAUGCAGAGGAGGAAGGCUUAGAGCAGUCCAACUGUAAUAAGGGCUUGUAUAAAAAGACUCCAGUGAAAGGUUUCAGAGUAAACAAGACCGAACAUCGCAGAGAGAGUGCAAAGGACAGCGAAUGUGCCUCGUUCCCUGCUGACCCUUUGCAUCAAACAAGAACUGAUCUGAAGGACUUCUUUGAAGAGAUAAACAGUGCUUCUGAGUUCACUGGUGAGGAAUACCAGUGGCAAAAUAAGUAUGUCCACAUGAAAAGCAGGGAUUUUAAAGAACAAAGCAGUGGGCCCAAAACAAAGAAAAUAAUUGGUAAAGCGGCUAUCUUUGGAUAUGGAAGCAGGAUUGAGGAGGAAUCUGAAGGUCAAGGGCAGACGGCUGAGCAUGACAUUCUGCAACUUGACGACGGCUCUUUCUUGAGCAGUAAAUCAUUGACAGCCUGCGAUCCAAAGAAGAUGAAAAAAAAGCGAAAGAAAUCCAAAGGGGAAGGAAGAGGCAGUGCGGCAGGUGUGGGUCAGGUGAGUAAGAAAAGAAAGAAGAGGAGGAAGGACAAAAAGAAAGAGUGUGAAGUCUCAGCAAGCAGGUGCAACAGCGAAAACGAAGAACGCAGAAAAAAACACAAGAGCAUGAAGCAGGACAAGCACAGACAUCAGAAAAUCAAGGGUGAGUUUUCUUCCAGGGACAAUACAGAAAAAUGCAAACGGUCCAGGGAGCAGUGCAUGUCAGAAAAAUGGGCAUACCAGUACCACAAGCCUGACUAUUGGGGGAAUGGCUUUGGGGAUGCUUAUGACUGCAGUGAGGAGUUUGAGGGCUGUAACUAUUACAGUAAAAAAGGUUGGCAGCGUUACAACGGCUUGGAGGAAUACGCUGGUAAAACUGCAAACGCUGCAGCACAGAAAUAUGACCGGUAUGCUCAUAACCAGUUAGACCAACUUUACCAGGAGACUGGCACAGGGAUAAAGGAUGGAUAUGAAGAAAAGAAACAAGAUUGAGACUUCCUGAUUGAACGUCUCUUCCUGAGUCUCAGUUUAUAUAUGAAGGUACAGGGCCUGUCUGCCUUAAACUCACAAUGUUCAACCUUACUUUGUUUUUUUGUUUUUGUGUAGUUUUGAAAGAAUCACAUGUUUUAGAAAACAUGUAUUUUCAUUUUAUAAC